AUGUUAAAAUCUCCAUUACAAUUGGAAUUUCCACUUCAUUGGGCAAUUUUCACGAACAAUUUGAAUGAAUUGAAGAGUUUGUUGGAGGAAGAUGCUGAGAUCGAUCUGGAGAAGCAGGAUUGCCGGGGCAGAACUCCGUUAAUGUUGGCGAUCACGUUGGCGCACAAGGAUUGCGCAAAGGAGUUGUUGAGGAGAGGAGCCGACGCCGAUGCACAGAAUAAAGGCAUGUGGUCGGUGAGUCACGAGGCGAUUUCACACGGCGAUCCGGAAAUGAUACGAGCAGUGAUUAAGCAUCGAGAUUUUCAAAGAAACGUGAAAUGUUUGACCUCGAUUCGAAAUAUUCUGCAAAAGUUGAAGGAAACUCCGGAUUUCUAUGUGGAGAUGAACUGGGAGUUCUCCUCAUGGGUGCCAUUUGUGAGUCGACUGUGCCCAUCCGAUACGUACAAGAUCUACAAAAGUGGGGAAUCGGUUCGAAUCGAUACAACUUUAGUCGGCUUUGAGGGAUCGUCGUGGAAACGCGGCAAUCAGACAUACCUUUUCAAAUUCUCCGAAGCGAAUCUCCCUCAAUUGAUCAUCAUGGAUCACAUUGAGAAAUCGGCGACCGUGCAAACGAUUACAGAAAGUGAUCGCUUAGACGAUUUCGAGCCACCCGAAGAGGCGAUCACGUUCAGAAUGAGCGAACCGAUCUCCACCACCUACAUCGAUGUGGAAAAGAUCAGCUUUGAGCGAUCAAAGAGUGGUGGAUUCUUCUCGUGGAUCACUUCAACGGAAAGGGCAGAGGAAAUUGAUGGACACGAGUGUAAAACAUUCAACGCGUCAAAUGUGGAUCUGGUGACAAAGCAGAGGGUCGAGCAUUUGUCCGAUGAGGAUAAAGCUCGUUUUAAACAGGAAUCUGAGUCGCAUCCCCUGUCAUCUGUGCUUAAAAUGGUGCGGAGUGAGAUCACAGAAGUUUCCCCGAACACCGCUGAUUCGCUAGGUGGAAUCACACCGGCCGAGUACCUCGACAAGGAUUUUGAGCUCAAUUGUGAUAUUGGCCGAGCCAAGGAGAUCUCCCGUAAAUCGAACACUUUCAAAGCGACUUUAUGGUUGGCUGAGGAGUACCCACUUCAGCUACAAGAACAAAUAAUUCCGAUUGUCGAUCUGAUGGCCUCGAAUAGUGCCCACUUUGCGCGACUCAACAACUUCAUCCGUUUACAGCUUCCCGCUGGGUUUCCCGUUAAAAUCGAGAUUCCCCUAUUCCAUGUGGUGAGUGCAAAGAUCACUUUUGGCAAUAUUAACAAGCCGGGUCGCUUCGUGACACCGAUUGAUGAGCCAUCGGUGAAUGGGAUAAUGCCAGUGACAAUUGAUGAUCAAUGCUUUGAGAUUCCAUCCAAUUACAGCUCUUUCGACGAGCUUUCAGCGGCAAAUUGGUGGGAUGCGAACAAUGACCCAACUUCGCCACCGUCAGGGCAUCGUCAUCAUUACUCGGCCGAGCAACAAGAAGAAAUGCUUCUUCAAUUGGCUAUCCAACAGAGUCUCCAAGACAAUUCGACGAAUCGAGGAGAGGAUGAACAACAGCAAGGCAAUGGAAAUCUCAUGAUGAGUGUCGCUCCGCAGGGUUGGUUUGAGGCUCCACAAGAAACUUCAUGGAGCCCGGCGGCCGAUCGAGAGGCUCAAGAAUUGGCAAUCGCCAUACAGGAGAGCCUCCGAUUCGCGAAUAACCCAAACGCAGCAAAUGAGGAGCCACCAGCGUAUCUUCCCGUCUUGCCGAUUGCUAAUCUUGAGGACGACUUAUCGAUGGCUCUCCGUUUAUCCCAAGUCGAAGAGGAGCAACGACGUCAAGCUGCCGUCAGCGAGGAAGAGGAAUUGGCGCGGAUCCUUGAACUCUCUAAACAGGAUCAU